CACACACAUCAUUAAAGCUCAAAAGCACUCAGGACUACUUCUUUUCUCCUGUCCCUCAAACCAACACACUCUUUCACUGAGCUCUUGAAAGUUCAAUCACUUUUACUGAUCUAGCCACUUACAAAUACACAUUCAUACUCUAAAAAAACAGACAUUGGCUGAAGAGACAUAGGGAUCAAAGAUUAGUUCACAUACACACACAGUCCUUCUGUAGGUAGGCAGAAGGUUGUGGUCAAAGAUGUCUGGCAUAUUGCAUCUCCUCACGGCCGUUUCUUUCAUCUUGAGUCUCAGCUCGGCCAACGCAGAAUCAACCGUUUAUAACCUCUUAACUUCGCCGGACUGUCUGCCAGAUCUCCUGCACGGGGGUUUGGCAGAGCACGGAGUAACAGAGCUCUUUAUUCUCACAACGUUCCGACUUCAACCCAGAACCGGAACAUCCAUAUUCAGCCUAUAUAAUCCGCGAGACAACAGCAAGUACUUUGAGUUUACUGUGAUGGGAAAACUCAAUAAAGCUAGCUUACGAUAUCUUCGCAGAGAUGGCAGGAUGAGUACUGUCACCUUUAACAAUCUAAAACUGGCUGACGGGGAGAAGCACCGCUUGCUCUUUCAUUUGAAAGGACUGGAAGUUGGCGGACCGGGGGCAUUUCCACAGGGCCAGGGAGUGUUACCUGUGCCUGGUGUGGAGAUACACCUGGACUGCAGACUGGUGGAGACCCUGAGAGAUUUACCGGCUGUGUUUAAUGGUCUAAACGAUGACCAGGGAGUGGAGCUGAAAACUAUGCAGGGGAAAGCGCAAGAGGAGCUGGAGGAGCUUAAACUGGCAUAUGGCGAUUCAGUGGAAAAUGUUGCAUCACUGCAGGAUUGCCACACCCAUCAGAGCGACUCCGUACAGACUUUAGGGCUAAACACUAAACAGCUUACAACCCAAAUGCUGGAGCUGACAAAGGUCAUAAAUGAGCUAAAAGAUGUUCUCAUUCAGCAGGUGAAGGAGACGUCUUUUCUGAGAAACACAAUCUCUGAGUGCCAGGCCUGUGGUUUGGGUGGAACAGAUGAGGUGCUACCAAAACCAAAGUGCACUCCUGGAAUGUGUUUCCGUGAUGACAUGUGCUUAGAAACAGAAAAUGGGGUGGAGUGCGGACCAUGCCCCGAUGGUUACACAGGGGAUGGAUAUAGCUGUGACGACGUUGAUGAGUGCCAGUUUAACCCUUGUUUCCCUGGUGUGAGGUGUGUAAACAUGGCCCCAGGGUUUCGCUGUGAAGCCUGCCCGCGGGGAUUUUCUGGCAAACCAGUGGAAGGUGUAGGUGUGGCCUUUGCACAAACACAUAAGCAGGUGUGUGAUGAUAUCGACGAGUGUAAAGGUCCAGAUAAUGGAGGCUGCACUGCCAAUUCCAUUUGUACGAAUUCUGUGGGAUCGUAUCAAUGUGGCAGAUGUAAGACCGGUUUCACAGGUGACCAGAACAAAGGUUGUAGGCCAGAAAAAAACUGCGGCAACCGCCUGAAUAACCCUUGCGAUCCCAACGCUCAGUGCAAUGAGGAGAGAGAUGGGACCAUCACAUGUCAGUGUGGCAUUGGGUGGGCUGGAAACGGUUUCCUUUGUGGAAAAGACACCGACAUCGACGGCUACCCUGACGAGAAGCUGCGCUGCCGAGACCCAACCUGCAGAAAGGAUAACUGUGUAAGCGUUCCAAACUCGGGACAAGAGGACGCAGAUGGCGAUGGUAAAGGUGAUGCAUGUGACCCAGAUGCAGAUGGUGAUAAAAUACUCAAUGAGCAGGAUAACUGCUGGUUGACGCCAAAUAUAGAUCAGAAGAAUGAGGAUAAAGAUAGUCAUGGAGACGCAUGUGAUAACUGCAUCAGAGUGGAUAACCCUGACCAGAGAGACACAGACUCGGAUGGCCUCGGAGAUGCAUGUGACGACGACAUGGAUGGAGACGGGAUAAGAAACAUUCUGGAUAACUGCCAGCUAGUGAAAAAUCGUGAUCAGCUGGAUCGUGAUGGGGACGGAGUGGGAGAUGCAUGCGAUAGCUGUCCAGAUAUCCCAAAUCCAAACCAGUCUGAUAUUGACAAUGACCUUGUUGGAGACUCUUGUGACACAAAUCAAGACAGUGAUGGUGAUGGUCACCAAGAUAGCAAGGACAACUGCCCGUUGGUAAUAAACAGCUCUCAGUUAGACUCGGAUAAAGACGGAAUGGGAGACGAAUGUGACGAGGAUGAUGAUAAUGAUGGCAUUCCUGACACACUGCCUCCUGGACCUGACAACUGUCGAUUGGUGCCCAACCCUGACCAGAUGGACGACAAUGAUGAUGGAGUGGGUGAUAUAUGCGAAUCAGACUUUGACCAGGACAAAGUGAUUGACAGGAUUGAUAACUGCCCUGAAAAUGCAGAGAUCACAUUGACAGACUUCAGAGCCUAUCAGACAGUCGUACUGGACCCAGAAGGUGAUGCUCAGAUUGAUCCCAACUGGGUGGUUCUGAACCAGGGAAUGGAGAUUGUCCAGACUAUGAACAGUGACCCAGGCCUUGCUGUUGGCUACACCGCAUUCAGCGGCGUCGAUUUCGAGGGUACGUUCCACGUGAAUACCGUGACUGAUGACGACUACGCCGGCUUUAUUUUCGGAUACCAGGACUCCUCCAGUUUUUAUGUGGUGAUGUGGAAGCAAACCGAGCAGACGUACUGGCAGGCCACGCCCUUUAGAGCCGUGGCUGAACCUGGCAUUCAGCUAAAGGCAGUGAAAUCUAAAUCUGGACCAGGUGAGCAUUUGAGAAACUCUCUCUGGCACACCGGCGACACGAAUGAUCAGGUGCGUCUACUGUGGAAAGAUCCAAGAAAUGUUGGCUGGAAAGAUAAAGUAUCAUACCGCUGGUAUCUUCAGCACCGCCCACAGGUCGGAUACAUCAGGGUGCGUUUCUAUGAGGGCUCAGAGCUGGUGGCUGACUCUGGGGUGACAAUUGAUACCACAAUGAGAGGUGGAAGAUUGGGUGUCUUCUGCUUCUCUCAGGAGAACAUCAUCUGGUCCAACCUGAAAUACCGCUGUAAUGACACCAUUCCAGAGGAUUUCCAGGAGUUCAGUACACUACACGGCGUGGACCCAUUGUAAACACUUGAGUGUGUGUGUAUAUACUCGCACCAUUACACACAUACCUGUGUGUUUCUAAAAGUGUAAAACACAGCUUUGCACAAUGUGUGUGUAAAAUUGGGAUAUGUGUAUACACAAUGUGUAUGCCUUUUUUAAUCCACUUUUUUUACUGGGUCCAAAAAAUAAACUAGCUCAUUUAACAUUUAGAUAAAAUAUGGAUUGUAUCUUCUGUUAUCGGUUACAUUUGCCUAGAAUGCUGGUAGAUUUGCAUCAAACCCACUGUACUGUUAAGACAAUAUUUACAAAUGAGGAAAAAUCUAAACCUGCUGUCUCACAUUCUGUUUGACAAUAAAAAUAAAACGUUGAUGACUUUGACAAA